AUGGUUUCUCUCAGCACGAGCUCGAGUGAAACCUUUAUGACGGCGCUGACCACUUUGCCAAUGAGUUCGCCGAGCACAAGCUCAACAACAUCGAGCACAUCUACCACCACUACCACAACUACAACAACCACUACAACCACUACCACAACCACAACCCCAGCUCCAAAAUUCUACUGCUUACCAGGCUGGACCUUAUUCGAUCGUGGAACUUAUAAAUGGUGUAUGAAUCUUUACUGGAGCCAAACUUUAACCUCAGCAGCUGCUGCAAAAUGCAAGACUUUGAACUCAGCAGCAGUUCCAACAGGCUUCCAAAACCCUGCUGAAAUUUCAGUCAUAAUGGCAAUCGCAGCUCAAACGGGUAACUAUCCUCGAUCAAUAAUUUUGGGAGCUUAUCGAAGAGCUGCUUGUAUUGGACAAUUAGUUACCGCAACUUGUACAGCAGCAAACUCGUUUUAUUGGACAGAUGGAUACACAUCUGGAACGGCUGGAUUUGUUUGGGAAACUGGAAGUCCCAAUAAUUAUGUGUUGAUUGAGAAUAAUUUGGUGAUUGUGGCGCCGAAUGGGAAAUUGGAUGAUCGACCUGGACAGGAUAGUCAGGCUGGAGUUUUGUGUGGAAUGGAAGCCUAUUUUGGUUGA